UUAUGUCCACAUUGUGCAUGGCCUCGGACGGAACCCAGAGAAGGACAUGUAGCUUAUCGCGCUUAGCCGCAAACGCACACAACCACCCCGACAGGUACCUACUCUGCGAUGUAGCGCGCCAUGUCAUGUUGUCAAGAUUACUCAAGGGUCAAGCAGUGGGUGGUUCCUUAUCUCGUGGCUCGAGGGGGAAAACUGGGCAAACGGCUGGACGAGACGAAGCGAAGCAUCUCUUGGCCAUCGAGUGGCCGCUGUCUUGCGUUGUCGCUGCGGCUGUGUGAGCGUGGCAUAAAGCGUUUCAUCCAGGAAGGAGUAAUUGUGAAAGGUGGGGUGAGUGGUAUCAGUAUCAGUAUCAGUAUUAGUAUCAGUAUUAGUAUUAGUAUCAGUACUAGUAUUAGUAUCAGGAUCAGGAUCAGUAUCAGUAUCAGUAUCAGUAUCAGUAUCAGUAUCAGUAUUAGUAUCAGUAUCAGUAUCAGUAUCAGUAUUAGUAUCAGUAUCAGUAUUAGUAUGAGUAUGAGUAUGAGUAUGAGUAUGAGUAUCAGUAUCAAUAUCAGUAUCAGUAUUAGUAUGGGUAUCAGUAUUAGAAUCAGUAUUAGAAUGAGUAUGAGUAUGAGUAUUAGAAUGAGUAUUAGUAUCAAUAUCAGUAUCAGCAUCAGUAUUAGUAUCAGUCCCAGCACUACUUUGUAGGUAAACCCAGUCUCGCCCUCCCUCCGCAGCUUACAACACACAACCACAUCCCGA